AUGGCGAAACUGCAUUACGUUCUGCUCCUUCUCAUCUCUCUCAUUUCCCAUUCCGAUGCCGAUAUCAAAACCCUACGUCUAACUUCCGAUCCUCGUCCGAUCAUCCUUCUCGACAAGUUCGCCUUCACACACUUCGGCCAGGUUACAAUCUCCGUUUCCGAUGUCUCUGUCACUAGUUUAUUACUCUGUCCAAAUCCUUCUCGUUUGGGCCUUUUCCUUCUCUCGGAGGAAGUUGAGAGUCAAGCCCUCCUCGAAGUCAGACAAAACCCUAACUUCUGCAUCCUCGAUUCCCGCUACAUCGUUGCUCUCGACACCUUCCGCAACCUGUCUCCACCACCACACUGCUUCUUUAACAGAACCUAUUGCGUUCCUUAUCCCGGCGGAUACUCCCUGUUCUUUGUCAACUGCGAUCCGGUGGCCCGUGUAUCUAUGAAUGUCCACACUGAAUUGUACAAUCCCGACUUUGACGGCUCCAAGAAUUACCUCUCGCAUGGACAAUCGAGGCUAAUUCCACUAUUCUUCAAGUUCUCUCUUGCUUACUUCUUCCUCUUAGUUCUCUGGGCCUAUUACUGCUAUUGCAACAAGGAAUCCACGAAUCGGGUCCAUCACUUGAUCACCGGACUAAUUACGGUGAAAACAUUGAGUCUCAUCUGUGCCGGGCUGGAUAAGUACUUCGUUGAAUUUACUGGGUUACCUCACGGUUGGGAUAUCUUGUUCGAAGUUGCUCGAGUCAUGUCAUCGCUUAUCAUCACGGCAUUGAUCACAAUCGGAUUCUUGUUCUUUAAGCAGUUCUUGCCAGAGAAGGAGGCCAAGGCAUGGAUGGUCCCCAUUGCGCUUCAGGUUCUCUUCAAUCUGGCUUUCCCUCUGGCUAGAGGGCCUUCGAGAUUUGCUCUUUUUGUUGCUGCUGCCAAAGGGGAAACAACCAUGAGUGAGCUCAUGGUUGGCCUCACUCUCAUUGAAGGUUCUUUGCCAAAGGAGCUGUGUCUGGGUUCGCUUCAUUCGUAG